UGGUCGCCAAGUUAAAGUAACGCUGGAUAUAAAGUUUGUACAAUGAAGCGUAUACCCGUGAAAUAAUGUUGGUUUAACAGCAAUAUGACACUGUUCAGCAAUUGAACGUCGUAAAACAAAUUGGAAAAAUGGAUUUACUGAAAAGGAUUAUGGCAUGUUAUAUUUGAUAGUAACCUUACUUGUAGAUCUGAAAUAAAAGUCGACGCCAUGCCUCAGCUAAAAACAGACACAGAAGAAGAACUUCGAAAGUUGAUUGAUAAGGUGUUCCAGUAUUUAUUCCGAGUGGCGCUGUUUCAAGUUUCUAUGGGGGCUACAAGUGUCAUAUCAGGGGUUAUGACGUUGCACGUGUCACGUGAUCGAAUGGCGUUCCCUAUUGCAGCAGCUGUUCCAAUAUGGAAUGGUACACUGGUACUAAUAACAGGCGCUCUAGGAAUGUAUAUAUCAAAGGGAGAAAAAACGUUACAAAGUUCUAGCGUCAAAUGCUCAUUCAUUGGAUAUUUUACAAUAUGCAACAUAACCAUUACAACUAGUUUAUUAACAACAGUUUAUGGGGCAGGAUGUAUCGCACAUUGCGUCUCAACAUCUUCUUGUGAACCGGACCACAGCGCUACAUUAUCGUUUAGCGCGCUAAACAUUGUGCUUGGAAUCCUUCUAGUUGUCUGUCAGAUUUUUGGCACGUGUAUGUUCUGUAGAAAAGGCAAUAAAAAGAAGAAAAAGUCGAUUGAUAUGCACGAACUUACAGGAACAACGAAUGCACAGACGCAGUUUCUUGAAAAGUGAAUGAUAUGCAGUUUUUGGGGCAUGCGCAGAAGAGUUGGAUUUCAAAACGAGGUUGCACGAGUCUUUGAAGAGUCUGGUUCUUAUGAACAAAAUAAAAAUUGUGAUACUCAGAUACUCGGCGUUUAUUAACUUGUUACAACCAUGUCAAAGUACGUUUCUGGAGAGAACGUUCAUCUUAUGGAUAUAUAAACCAUACACACAUCAAAGAACGUUGGACACGACGACACAUUCUAAAUCAAAAGGCAUGCAUAACGCCUUUCGAUUCGACAUGCGCUUGAUUCAUUCAAGCGAUGUUGUUGUUCAA